AUGAAAGUAAAAGCAGAGUCCUGUGUCUUCUUUGUGGAUAAAAUGGCACCCGAGGAAGAGUAUGAAAUUGUCAGCAGACAUGCACCAAAACCUCAGAGGAGGCCUGCAGGAAAACUAAAUGGAAGCAGAGUUCUACUCACGGGGCACAAGCUGUUCGUUCAGAGGCAUAUUGGGGUUGUGGAUCUUGAAUACGUAGAGUCUGAUGAAAAGAUAUUCAACCUGCUUGUAUGUCUAACAAGGCUUCCUCCCUUCUAUAACUUUGUGCUGAACUUUAAAGAGAGAGGCCAGGACAUCGGAAGGUGCCAUAUAAUGGACAGGAUCUCCAGGAUUCUCGGCUUGAUGGUAGAAGGCAGAAGAGGCGAUGCAAGCGAUCUUUUGAUGGAGCCCGACUCGAAGAGGUACGAAGGCAUAUACUCGGAGCUUCUGAGGGCCAUCCACAAUGAACUCACCGAGUGGUACAACUUUGAGGAGGAUGUGUGGAGCACCAUGGACAAGGGCCAAGGCACCAAGACCAAGCCGCUUUACAGAGACUAUUCUCCGAUUGUAGAGAUGUUCCAAGGAAAGGUACUCUUCAAUCAGCAGGAGGCCUCGUUUGAAAAGGGUGACAUAUCUUUGAAGGGAUUCUCCAGUGUUCAAAGGGCCUUUGACUCCUGGCUGGAGAACGAAAAGAAGAUAACGAAGGUGCCAGCAGUCCUUGUGCUUGUUGUGAAGGAGCAAGGAAAUCUCAACCUACUGGGCAAUACAGGUAUAGACGUCGCGGGCCAUUCGUUUUCUCUUUACUCCUUCAUCACUGAAAGAGACACUGUGAGCUGCUGCUAUGUUAAGGACGGUGAUCACUGGUAUGGAUAUGAAAGUGACGGGGUAAGGGGCGUCUCAAGAAUGGAGGAGAUUCGUGGGCACCCGCUAAUGCUGUUCUAUGCGCGCAGCGGAUAA